GUGUUUAUGUAACAUUAUGUGGAGAAAGUGGGUUACUUUUGCGUUGUUGUUUUUUCUCCCCAUCGCUGGUUUAACUGUUAGCUAUUUGGCUAACGGCGCUUUUGUUGACGUUUGUAAUGUGGCCUCGCGUUUUGUGCGAGUUUAAAACUCUAACAGUUUUAACUUUUAAAUAAAACCGAAGCACUUUUAACAAAUAAAGUUAGUAUAUUGGUUGUCUGGCUGGUUUUAGAUAGCUCGCUACUAAAUGGUGAAGUGCAAAACGAUUAUUUUCUGUGAAUCGACUCAUUUAGUUCAGUUCAGUAAAAUGAAUCGAUUCUUUUUCGCACUGAUUCGUUGUUCCAUGUUACAAAAAGUUGCUAUGGCCAAAGUUAGUACUAGAACUUUGUAUUAUUUCUAAACAUCUUGUACAGAGAUUAUUAUAAAAUAAAGAUGGUAAUAUACAUUAAUUGUACAUUAGUGGGUGAUUUAGCAUAUCUAAGUAUGGAUGCUAUAGUUGUAAAAAAAGAAAUUUUAGUAUAAUCUAGGUCUAGACUAUCACAUGAAGACAGUGCAAGACACUCCUGAUGUCUUUCUGGGGUUAAGAUGUAAGACAUGGUGUUUAAAUUAGAAAUGCAGCAUGGAUCUGUGUCAGGAUUGAAUUUAUACAGGAAGUUAAACCUUUGACAAGAGAAGUGAAUCAACACAUUUACAGAGAUCAGCGUCUGCACUCCUGUUAGAUUAGGAUUAAAACCAAAAGUAACACAACCCAUAUGCUGCUGUUAUUUAAAUCGACUUUACUGUGAUUAAAACUAGACGCAGAGGUACAGUUUAAGAAAUAUGCUGAUGAGUGACAUAUCCAGAUGAAGAACACUUUAGUUUCUGCAUGUACACUAACUUGGGUCAUGUUUUCCCAUCGAUAGAGAUUAACACUCGAUGGGACUUGGGAAGAUCAGGAGCGUCAACAUGACUGCUGAUUCUGAACUGGAGAUCCGUGAAACCUUCCAGCGCGCUCAAAAAGCGCACAACAACAAGGCCAAGCUGGUGGCCAGUCUGAAGAACAUGUAUGUUAAGUCAGAGGAUAAGGCAGAGUUCCACGAGGAGUUUCUGCGCUGCCUAAAAUACGCGCUGAUCGUCUACACCAGAGAGCCGGCGGUGGAAAGUGUCAUCGACUUCGUGGUGAAGUUUGCCGCCAGCUUCGAGACUCCCAUCAGAGAGGAGGAGGAGGAGGAAGAGGAUGAGGAAGAGGAGGAGGAUACAUUUCUGAGUUUCCUGUUCAACUUUCUGUUGGAGUGUCACGGCGUGAGCAGCCACGCGGUGCGGUUCCGGGUGUGUCAGCUGGUGAACAAGCUCCUGGGCAGCCUGAGUGAGAACGCGCAGAUCGACGAUGGGCUGUGUGAACGGAUCCAUGAGGCCAUGUUGAUCCGCGUCACAGAUAAAUACCCCAAUGUCAGGAUACAGGCCGCGCUCGCCAUGGCCCGCCUGCAGGACCCCGAGAACCCUGAUUGUCCCACGGUUAAAGCCUACAUGCUGCUUUUGGAGAAUGACUCAAACCCUGAGGUGCGGAGAGCCGUCCUGUCCUGCAUCGCCCCUUCUGCCCUCACACUCCCCAAAAUCUACAGACGUACUCGAGAUGUUAAAGAGAAAGUCCGCAAACUGGCCUUUCAGGUGCUUGCUGAGAAAGUGCAUAUCCGAGCUUUGACCAUCGCUCAGAGAGUCAGCCUGCUGCAGCAAGGUCUCAAUGACUCUGCAGACUCAGUGAAGGAGGUGGUGAAGCAGACGCUCCUUCCCUCUUGGCUCCGCCUCCUUCAGGGAGACGUGCUGCAGUUACUACACAGACUGGACGUCGAGAACUGCUCCGACACCGCAGUGGCUGCCCUGCACGCCCAUUUCUCUAUGGCAACGACCCCCGAUGACCUUCUGAAUGCAGCUAAACUGGACGACAGAAAGCUGAUCCCGUUAGACGCCCUGACGUGUGAGAAUGUGCUCUACUGGCGUGCACUGUGCGAGUUUGUGAAGAGUAAAGGUGAUGAGGGGGAGGAGAUUCUAGAAAAACUCUUACCCGAACCUGCUCUGUUCGCCGAGUACCUGUACAGUUAUAUGAAGACCCUUCCAGCCAUGUGUGAAGAUGACAGAGCUGAUCUGACUCAGCUGGAGUCUGUGAUGAUGAAGGAGUUCAUCACACAGCAGCUCAUCCAGCUAGUGGACUGCUUGGACACUGCAGAGGAGGGAGGAAGAAAACGUGUGCUCGCAGUCCUGAAGGAGAUGCUGGUGCUGCCGAACACACCGCUCUCUCUGAUCAGUCAGCUGGUGGAGAGACUGAUGAGAAUUAUCCACGAUGAUCAGCAGCGCAUCGCAACGGUAGCUGAAAUCAUCUCCGACGUGAGGGAGCCGAUCGUGCCCGUCACGCAAACUGAGGACGAGAACGAGAAACGCAAAAGACAAGUCAGACUGGCAGAGGUGAAGGUGUGUAUAAUGGAGUGUAAGCAACAGCUGGAAGAGUGUAUCAGCGUUCAAGAUUUCAGUCGCGCUGCUGAGUUGAAGAGCUCCAUCACUGAGCUGGAGGAGCUGAAGAACCAAUUAGCACAGGAGAACAUGGACACUGAACCUGCUAAAGAGCAGCACGCAGAGAAGUUCUUGGUUUCAGGUCUAGAACUCUCCAAUAUUUCAUCUCUAAGCUUUAUCAAGAAUGAUCCGGAGACCUUGCUGAAGUGUCUGACGAUGUGUGGUGAAGCGCUGAAACAGAUGAAUAUCAACCGAGGAAUCUGUCCGACCAUCAACGGCCUCCUAGAGUCGCUGGUGUUGCCGUGUGUGUCAAACUCCAACGCCGCAGUGAGGAACAUGGCUGUAGUGUGUUUGGGCACUGCGGCUCUCCACAGCAAAGACCUUGCCAAGACACACCUGGUGCUCCUGCUGCAGAUCACCCAGCUGGACGAGCCUAAGAUCAGGAUCAGCGCUCUCAGAGCUGUGGUCGAUCAGUUGCUCUUGAACGGCCUAGACAUCCUGCGCGAUAGCCCCGCCUCCCAGCAAACACAAACCUCUGAUUGGCCUGAUGGCAGUGACGGACAAGCGGAUCGUCCAGCUGAAGAGGAGGACAAUCCUAUACAGAGUAUUCUGAAGCUGCUGGCUGAGUUCUUGGACAGCGAGAUCUGCGAGCUGCGCACGGAGACAGUGGAGUGUGUGUGUAAGCUGCUGUACUGUGGCAGGAUAGUGAGCGUGAAGCUGCUCACUCGCCUCAUUCUGCUCUGGUACAACCCACUGACUGAAGAGGACCAGAAACUGAGACACUGCAUCGGAGUGUUCCUGCAGCUCUACACACACUCACACAGGACUCAUCAGGAGUGCGUAGAGGAGAGCUUCAUUCCCACCAUGCGGACGUUAUUCAACGCGCCAGCCACGUCUCCGCUCUCCGAGAUCGACACCAACAACGUUGCCGAGCUCUUUGUAGAGCUCACGCGCUCCAACGCUCAAACUCGGGAUGCGAGUGUGCACAACUCCCUGGCCGUGCGAGUGUGUAACGAGAUUCUGCGAGACACUUCUGCUCCCGAGGUGCGUCUGUACUGCAAAACCCUCGGCACUUUGGAGAUCAGCACUGAUCCGGGACCUGCUAACGACGAACUGCAGCAGCUCCUCACCUCCAUCCUGCAGGAGGUGAAGGAUAAGCACUGCGUGAAAGCGUUAGAGAAAGUGCUUGCUCGUCUUAAAGGAGAUCAGUGUGUUCGAGUUACACGCACUCAGGACGCAGUGCUGAACACUCUGGAUGAAAACGCCAGUGAGCUUGUUAAUGGAGAUGAUGGCAAAUCUAAACGACCCAGAAGAGGUCAGAAGAAAGCCACGACAGCCCGGAGUGUAAAAAAACAGUCUAAAGCGAAGGAGUCUUCUGAGGAAAGCGAUGAGGAGAAUGUUCCAGAAGCCACAGAGGCUCCAUCGGCACGGCCGAGUCGGCGCGCUAAAACGGCAGCUCUUGAUAAAACCAGGCAGGACCUGACAGCGCUGAUGAAUCACGAAGCCAGUGUGUAGGUCAGGGUCAGUCUAAACAUCUCCAAACACUCCCAAUCUCUCCAUGUGUGUGUCUUAUGUUUAGGAGACAACGUCUUUGAUCGAUAUUUAUGCAAUGUUGAACCGCUGAGGUGAUUUAACACCUAACACCAACAAGUGAUGUUUAGUCUCUACACUUUAAAGCGUGCAUAUAUGUUUAACAUUAAUGUAUACAUGAAUAGCUCAUCCAUGAGUGAUAUUACCUCCAUAUGAGGCGUCAUCACUCAUGAAUAUUCAUCACUUAUUAAUACAACUAACGUUAUGAUUCAUUAUGACAUUGACAUAGUCUGAUAAUAAGGCUUACUUGCUGUGCAGUUUAAGAUUUUUUUCCCACCAAACUGCACUGCUGUACAAUGUUCACUCUUCUCUAUUAUUAAUCAUCACUGCAGUGUGUAACGUCUCCUCUGUUCUUCACGAUCAAGUUUUGACCUUUACACACACACACACACACACACACAGAGAGAGAGAGAGAGAGCACUGUUGAAGUGCUCGUUAUAAUAUCAGCAAAACUCACUCGACCUGCAAACCCGAGCAAAUUAUUUUGUUUUAUUCUCAAGUGUUUUAUUUUUAAACCCCAAUAAACCAUUUUCUGUUA